AUGACGCUGUUCAAGGAGCGCAGUGCGAUUGAUAGACAUUCAGCUCCGGCGGGCGGACCGGACAAGCUGAGAAGAUCCGUCUGUGCUGGCGAGGUAAGAACUCAGGCGACCGUCGCUACGCCUGCAGCGGCGAUCGACGCACCCGAGGUUCCUACGCGCGCAGAGGUCAGCCAGUACCAGCGACGCUUCGUCGAGCUGUACAACCAGGUUGGAUCAAAGCACACUGAGACCAAGCAGUUUUACACACUCGACAACACACUGGAUGACACGAGGCUGUAUCUUGACAAGGAAGCCAAUCUGCUUAACUCCAUUCACGACAACUUCGAACAGGCAAUGGCUUCACCUUCAACAAGAGAGCAGUUCUUAAAGCAGUUUGAACAGAUAGUCGAGGGAGUGAAGCAGAACAGAACAAAGGUUGAAAAGAAGAAGCAAGAAGCUAAGAUGAAGAGCGCAGUGCGAUGA